GCAGAUGGAAGAGAAGAGGCGAAAAUACUCUAUCAGCAGUGACAACUCUGACACCACUGACAGUCACGCUACAUCUACAUCGGCAUCAAGAUGCUCCAAACUGCCCAGCAGCACCAAGUCGGGCUGGCCCCGGCAGAACGAAAAGAAGCCCUCAGAGGUUUUCCGGACAGAUUUGAUCACAGCCAUGAAGAUCCCAGACUCAUACCAGCUCAGCCCAGAUGACUACUAUAUCCUGGCAGAUCCGUGGCGACAGGAAUGGGAGAAAGGGGUGCAGGUGCCCGCCGGGGCGGAGGCCAUCCCAGAGCCCGUGGUGAGGAUCCUCCCACCGCUGGAAGGCCCCCCUACCCAGGCGUCCCCGAGCAGCUCUGCACUUGGUGAGGGCUCCCAGCCUGAUUGGCCAGAGGGCAGCCGCUAUGACCUGGACGAAAUUGAUGCCUACUGGCUGGAGCUCAUCAAUUCAGAGCUCAAGGAGAUGGAGAGGCCGGAGCUGGAUGAGCUGACAUUAGAGCGUGUGCUGGAGGAACUAGAGACUUUGUGCCACCAGAAUAUGGCACGAGCCAUCGAGACGCAGGAGGGGCUGGGCAUCGAGUACGAUGAAGAUGUCGUCUGUGAUGUGUGCCGCUCUCCUGAGGGUGAGGAUGGCAACGAGAUGGUCUUCUGUGACAAGUGCAACGUCUGCGUGCACCAGGCAUGCUAUGGAAUCCUCAAGGUGCCCACGGGCAGCUGGCUGUGCCGGACGUGUGCCCUGGGUGUCCAGCCAAAGUGCCUGCUCUGCCCCAAGCGAGGAGGAGCCUUGAAGCCCACCAGAAGUGGGACCAAGUGGGUGCAUGUCAGCUGUGCCCUGUGGAUUCCUGAGGUCAGCAUUGGCUGCCCAGAGAAGAUGGAGCCCAUCACCAAGAUCUCACACAUCCCAGCCAGCCGCUGGGCUCUGUCCUGCAGUCUCUGCAAGGAGUGCACAGGCACCUGCAUCCAGUGUUCCAUGCCUUCCUGCGUCACAGCGUUCCAUGUCACUUGCGCCUUUGACCAUGGCCUGGAAAUGCGGACUAUAUUAGCAGACAACGAUGAGGUCAAGUUCAAGUCAUUCUGCCAGGAGCACAGUGAUGGAGGCCCGCGGGGUGAGCCCACAUCCGAGCCCGUGGAGCCCAGCCAGGCCGGCGAGGAUCUGGAAAAGGUGACCCUGCGGAAGCAGCGGCUGCAGCAGCUGGAGGAAGACUUCUACGAACUGGUAGAGCCAGCCGAGGUGGCCGAGCGGCUGGACCUGGCUGAGGCACUGGUUGACUUUAUCUACCAGUACUGGAAGCUGAAGAGGAAAGCCAACGCCAACCAGCCAUUGCUGACCCCCAAGACUGAUGAGGUGGACAACCUGGCCCAGCAGGAGCAGGACAUCCUCUACCGCCGCCUGAAGCUCUUCACACACCUGCGGCAGGACUUGGAGAGGGUUAGAAAUCUGUGCUACAUGGUGACAAGGCGCGAGAGAACGAAACACGCCAUCUGCAAACUCCAGGAGCAGAUAUUCCACCUGCAGAUGAAACUUAUUGAACAGGAUCUAUGUCGAGAGCGGUCCGGGAGGAGAGCAAAAGGCAAGAAGAGCGACUCAAAAAGGAAAGGCCGCGAGGGCCCCAAGGGCAGCCCUGAGAAGAAAGAGAAAGUGAAGGCGGGGCCCGACUCAGUCCUGGGGCAGCUGGGCCUGUCCACCUCAUUCCCCAUCGACGGCACCUUCUUCAACAGCUGGCUGGCCCAGUCGGUGCAGAUCACAGCAGAGAACAUGGCCAUGAGUGAGUGGUCGCUGAACAAUGGGCACCGCGAGGACCCCGCCCCGGGGCUGCUGUCAGAGGAGCUGCUGCAAGACGAGGAGACGCUGCUCAGCUUCAUGCGGGACCCCUCGCUGCGACCUGGUGACCCUGCCAGGAAGGCCCGUGGCCGUGCCCGCUUGACUGCCAAGAAGAAACCACCACCACCACCACCACAGGAUGGGCCCGGCUCACGGACGACUCCAGAUAAACCCCCCAAGAAGCCCUGGGGCCAGGAUGCAGGCAGCGGCAAGGGGGGCCAGGGGCCACCUACCAGAAAACCACCACGGCGGACGUCUUCUCACUUGCCGUCCAGCCCUACAGCUGGGGACUGUCCCAUCCCAGCAGCCCCUGAAAGCCCCCCACCGCUGGUCCCUGAGACCCCAGACGAGGCAGACCCAAUGGCUGCUGACUCGAAUGUCCAAGUGCCUGGCCCUACGGUGAGCCCUAAGCCUUUGGGCCGGCUCAGGCCGCCCCGCGAGAGCAAGGUAACCCGGAGAUCACCGGGUGCCAGGCCUGAUGCUGGGACAGAGCCACCUCCUACUGUGGCUGAGAGGCCAAAGGUCAGCCUACACUUUGACGCUGAGACUGAUGGCUACUUCUCUGAUGGGGAAAUGAGCGACUCAGACGUAGAGGCUGGGGACAGCGGGGUGCAGCGGGGUCCCCGGGAGGCAGGGACUGAGGAGGUGGUCCGCAUGGGGGUACUGGCCUCCUAACUCACACCUACCCCUGUCCCAGGCCCUGCCCUGGUCCCCGACAAGGCCUCAGCCCAGUCUCAACUGCCAUUUCCAAUCUCUGCUGAGUGUCCCAGACCCUCGAGGCUGGCACACUGUUGUGGUUUUAUUUUUAAUAUA